CCGGCUUGGGUUGUGCCGUGUUUGUCUUUGGGUUGUGAGUGUGUGCCAGACAGCGCUGGUGGAGGACUGUGAACAACAGGGCCAGAGAGUAAAAGCCUCAAAGGGUUGGAGAGACACUGACUGCGAUGAACCUGGAGCGAAGGAAAGCAAAGGAAGGGACGGAAACUGAACUAGUGAGAGAGAAAGCGGGAGCAAAAAAAGAGAGCGUGAAAGAGAGAGAUCGAGGGAGAGGUUACUCAAGUUAAUCCAGCAAGUGCGCAGCGCUCACAUGCUCAGUGAGGGAUAAUAAGAGAACGAUACUGCGCAGGAGCCGACAAGGAUCUCAUCUGCAUGGAGGAGAGAAGAGACGUCGGCCAUGUUUUUUCCCCCUCUUCUGCCAUAAAUCCGAUUCCAAACUUCUAGCAGUGCUGCUGAAGGAGAGAGUGAGGACAGAGAGAAGAGAAGGUGCAGAGAAGGGCGGUCAGAGGGGUAGCAUGAACAAGUGGAGCGAGCCAGCGACGAUGGUGCUAAAGCUGAGCAAUGGUGAGGGGAUAACGUUGGAAAAACAUUGGAGGGACCGAGUGAGACUGAAAGACCAACCCGGCCGACUGGAAGGAGAGGCAAAGCAGCCACGCCAUGGAGAAGGAGAGACGCCGGAAUCGUUUCUGUCCUCUUAGGCUUUGUUGCAAAUGAUGUUGCUGUUUGUCGACGUCUCUAGUACCACCAUGUCACUGUGGACGUUCUCUGUCAAGCGACAAGCGGCUCGAUCUCUGUUCCCACUUCCUUCUCGUAUCCAUGGUCUCCUCUCUUGCUAUAGCCGAAGUCACAUGAAUAAGACAACUGACUAGGUUGUUAUGUGUGUGUGAGUGUUGCAUUUCUGUAGCUCAACAUCUCUCCUUACUCUCCCCUCUAUGUUCCUCUCCUCUCUACUGUCUCUCUAGCUUCCUUUAUCCCUGUGGUUAGUAUCUUACCCAACGGUUGUCGACCGCUGCUUGUACUGUUCCCCAGCCUCUAGUCCUCUAGUCUUUAUCCCUCUCUCUCAAUCACAUUCAAUCCUCCAUUCUCUUCGUCUUUCACAUGUAUGAAUCAGGAAAUGAAAGGCAUUAGAAACGAUUGAGUGUAAAACGUAUUGGCACCUUUUUAAAGUCAUCUCAAGCCAUCGCUAUCCUCUGGUAUUUAGGAGACUCGCUGUGCACUGUCUCGCCUUCACAAGUCCUAGACUUAGACUGCUCCUCUUCCCCCGGUAUUACCUCGCAAUGAGCGACACAUCAGCCGGCGGUGAAGGUAACAGACCUGUAGAGAAAUAAAUAGUUAUUAUUAACAUAGUUGUGGUAAAAGGCAGAGAAACAAACAGAGAGAUGGUCAUCGGCUUUGUGGCGGCCAAUGGACUAUGACAGAAACAGACGUAAAGAUGGAAGUACAGCUUGUCUCGCAGGAGGGAGAAAGACUAGUCUGAAUUGAUCAGAUUCAAACCACCUACAGAGAUUCUAGUUGUUUUUCUUUCAUUUUUUCAAUUUUCCUGUUAAUGUUCAGAGAGGGCUGCUGAGAUUGGCGUUUGCCUGCGUCUAGCGUCUUCCGUCACCUCCGUGCUCAAAAACCGCUCCGCUCUCAGAUAUCCAAAUUAUUAGAAGUUACUGGAUGGACUAAAACAUAUAACAUCAUGUUUUAUGAAACACACUGUUAUGUAUUCAAAGUGUUAGUUUUCAAUAAGGGUUUGUGUAUGAGAGAGAGAGAGAGAGCAUUGCCUGGUAACAGCUCUGCUGCAAUGUGCUGCUGUUUCUAGGGCUGCCACUAGCCUCCAACACCCAGCUCUCUCUCUCUCUCUCUCUCUCUCUCUCUCCGCUAGCUGCACACUCCUCCAUUCCCUCUUACGUGCCCACUGUGCCUCAGAAAAUGGCCUCUCACUCUGCACACACAGAAGAGAGAGGGGGAGAAAGAGACUGACUGAGCGAGAGGUAGAGGAGCGGAGGGAGAGAGAGAGGGGAAGGUGGGGGCUGCAAGGAGAUCCAGACUGUGAGCGUAAGAGAAAGAAAAAGGAAGGAAGGAGCAGAGAGGGAUAAUGGGAGAGGAAAAGGCAGAGAACCGAAAGCCACGGCCGUAAGAAGAGACAGAGAGCGAGCGUGUUGUUGGUUGGGGGAGGUGUGUGUGUGUGUGUGUGUGUGCGUGCGUGUCAGCUCUUAUGAAUGUGUGCCGCACUGACUAUAAAAAAAAGCCUCCGCCAGAUUGCUAGUGGCUCCUAGCACCACUAUUCUAUGCUCCUCUUUACCUCUUCUCCCCUCUGUGUUUCUCCACUACGACUGUCAGGACGUCUAGACCCAUACUGUUUCGGACGCUCGUUCAGUGGAUGGCCCCAGAAGAGGAGGCCAGAUGGAAACUGGGUCACAUGACCGCCUCAAGGAAGGCGGUUUGCUGAGCCUGGAACCGACCAAUGGGGUGAGCCGGCAUCCCAGGGACACCCAUGAGGAGGGUGGAGCUGGCCUGGAGCCCCAGAGGGAGCCCCAGCGGUCAAGGAGUGUUUCCCCAGGACAGGGCUGUGUACCUGGGCACAGCAAAGCCACCCAACCCCAUCAGCAGCAGCACUGCAAUGGCUGGAGCAGUAGUGGUAGGACUCCUGGGAAGCCUGUCCAUGAGGCAGACAUGGAGGUUGCACGCAACCUGGUAGCCUUCUCAGCCAGCGUGAGUGUUGGCUCCCUGCCCCCCUCAGGUCACCUUGAGCCCCAGUCCCACGCCAUCCAGCUGUAUGAGAAGUUCAACCAGGAGAUGGGCACUGGCGAGGGGGCCGCGUCUCAAGACAGGCUCCAAGCCCCAGAAGGGGAAAACCAGGCUAGCCCCCCAGAGGACCUGAACACCCUGCAGAAUGCCCUGAGCCAGGCGCGCCACGGCCACAAGCCCCCCAACUGUGACUGUGAUGGGCCAGACUGCCCGGACUACCUGGAGUGGCUGGAGAAGAGGAUCAAACAGACAUGGGCAGGGGAGGAGCGGGACAACAACACGCCCUGCUCCAAGAUGACCACUGACACACCGCCUCAUCAACAGCCCCCACACUCACAGCAGCCCCCCCACCCCCAACCCCAUGUCAAUGGAGGUAACCCUCCCUCCGGUCCACCACUACACCCACAUCAACAGGGCCAACACCCAGCCCCUAUCCCCUGCUCCCCUCAGGUCCUCUUCAUCGCCAAGGAGAAGAACGUCAGUCUGCAGACGGCUAUUGCCAUCGAGGCCCUGACCCAGCUGUCUGCCACUGUCCCCCAGACCGUGGUCCCUCCUGCCCAGGCCUCCUCCACCAACCAACCUCAACACCCCCCUCUACACCUCCAGCACGGCACCCGCCUGAACCCCUCCUCCUCCAACCCCAUCUCCUCUUUGUCCUCCUCGCGUUCACAAUCCGUCCCUCCUGGACUAUACCCCCAGCCCCAACAGAGCCCUGUGUCGCGGGAGCAGCAGCACAGACCCCAGUCCCAUGGUCAUCCGGCCCACGCCUCCAAUCUCCCGUCCUCCACUUCACCCUUCCCCCGGCAGCCCCAGGCAGGCAGCCUCCUGCCUCACCACCAGCAGUGGCAGCAGCAGCAGGGCUCUGGGGGAUCCCAAGAGCAGAGGAACCAGUGGAUGAACUCAGAUUCCCAGCAGCCUCGCUUCGCCCCUCCGUCCGGUGGCCACAGCACUGGCGACCCCAUGUCUGAGCUCAAACAGCUACUUGGGGACUCCAACGGAAAGUACAUAAGCGGCCCCUUCAAGUUGCCUGUCCCACACCACCACAUCAAGCAGGAACCAGGGAUGCCUCGGGUCAAGCAGGAGGUUGACUCCGGGGAGUACCAGAGCUCUGCCUGCGCCUCCAUGGGGGGCUGCUACAGCUUGAUGAAUGGCCAGCAGCAGCCUAGGUACCCUGGUCCUCCUCUCUCCCCGGGCAGCGCAGCCAUCCGCCACUCCACCCAGACAGCUCUGCAGCAGCACCUUCACCACAAGAGGAACCUCUUCUCCAACUCUCCCGGCCUCCCAGGCCUCUGCCCUCUGCGUCCCGCCAAGGCCUGCCAGAACCUCCGCAAGUGGUGGCCCCAACAGAUGGGCCCAGAGGGCCACCCCGUCCCCGUGGCCAUCAAGCAGGAGACCAAGAGGAGGAAGAGCACAGCGGGGACAUCUCCGCUCCUCAAGCAGCACGCAGGGGGUGGGAUGCUGCUCCAGGCAGGCCCCAAACCCAAGACGAUAGUCAUCAAGAAGACCAAGCAGAAGGUCUCCCUGCCAACCUUCCUGCCUCACAGACAGAUCUCCAUACAGAAACCGUCUCCCCUCACCAUUACCGGAGCCCUGCCUCUGGCCAGCGCCCACCCAGGUUCUCUCCCUCUCCCUACCUUCCCCCUCCUCAGUAACCCCACUCAGGCUGCCGCAGGCCUCCCUGCCCCAGCCCAAUCUCAGGUAUCCAUUUUAAACUCUUCUAUUGCACCCUCUGUCGCUGCAUCUGCCUUUUCUGUAAACACUCCAGACGUCUCAACCCCUCAGCCUCUCCCUGUAGCCCUGGACAUCCCAGCAAGCUCAUCGGAGGCCAGCGCCACACAGACCUCCACCACCUCUCAGUCCAUACCAGGCCUCAGUUCCCUGGACCCCAAGUUCGAGGAGCUGAUCUGCCAGUUUGAGGCAGAGUUCGGGGACAGUUCAUCCUCGGCCCCAGAGCCCUGCCCUUCACAGAUCCAGAGCCAGCCCCAGGACCAAGCCCCCUCAGCCUCAGACCAGCCCGUGGUGACAGAGUCUCAGCCCAAAGUUAACUCAGGACAUGCCAGGCCCCCAUCACCAUCCAGCGCUACCAUCACUCAGUCCUCCAGAGCUGCUCCAUUAGCUCCUACCACAGCCCCACCUGCAGACAAGGAGGAGUCAGGGAGUAUGAGUAAUGUAACCUCCACCACACAGCCCUCCACUAAGAGCCCCAUGGAGGAGCAGCGGGAGGCAACCAAGCUGCCUCUCUCCCUGUCCCAGCUGCCCAAACGGAUGAAGAUUGAGACCAAUGGGAACGUAGCUGUCCUCUCCACCACUGGAUUAUUCUCUGAUGGGGGCGAGGACGACACCCCCACUAAAGAUGGAUUCCCCCUUAACCCCUCCCUAAAAGGCUUCCUUGAGUCUCCACUACGCUACCUGGACACGCCCACUAAGAGCCUGCUAGACAUGCCCGUCAAGGACCUCCAGGCUGAGUUCCCCACCUGCAACUGUGUCGAGCAAGUCCUGGAGAAGGAUGAGGGUCCGUACUACAAUCACCUGGGCUCCGGGCCCACUGUGGCCUCCAUACGAGAGCUGAUGGAGACCAGGUAUGGAGAGAAGGGAGAUGCUAUCCGUAUUGAGAAGGUGGUCUAUACCGGCCGGGAAGGCAAGAGCUCUCAGGGAUGUCCCAUUGCCAAGUGGGUGAUUCGUCGGGGCAGUGAGACAGAGAAGUUGCUGUGUCUGGUGCGUCCCCGGCCAGGUCACCACUGUCCCAACGCUGUCAUCAUCAUCCUUAUCAUGGCGUGGGAGGGCGUGCCACGGGCGCUAGGCGACAAGCUCUACCGAGAGCUCUCCGCCACCAUCACCAAGUUCGGCAACCCCACCAGCCGCCGUUGUGGACUCAACGACGAUCGUACGUGUGCGUGCCAAGGAAAGGACCCUGACAGUUGUGGAGCUUCCUUCUCCUUCGGCUGCUCCUGGAGCAUGUACUUUAACGGCUGCAAGUACGCCCGCAGCAAAACACCCCGCAAGUUCAGACUGGCAGGAGACCACCCCCAAGAGGAGGAUCAACUCAGGGAUAACUUCCAGGAUCUGGCCACUGAGUUGGCUCCCCUGUACAAGCAGCUGGCCCCACAGGCAUACAAUAACCAGUGUCAGAAUGAGGUGACGGCUCCAGACUGCAGGUUGGGUCUGAAGGAGGGCCGGCCCUUCUCUGGUGUCACCGCCUGCAUGGAUUUCUGUGCCCACGCUCACAAGGACCAGCACAACCUCUACAACGGCUGCACUGUGGUGUGCACUCUGACUAAAGAGGACAACCGUACAGUGGGGGAGAUCCCAGAGGACGAGCAGCUCCAUGUACUUCCCCUCUACAAGGCCGCCCUCACAGACGAGUUUGGCAGCGAGGAGGGUCAGCGGCAAAAGAUGCGCACUGGCGCCAUUCAGGUGCUUAGCAACUUCCGCCGUGAGGUCCGCAAGCUGCCUGAGCCCGCCAAGUCCUGCCGCCAGCGCCGCCUGGACGCUAAGAACCGCGCCUCGGAGAAGAAGAAGGCCAAGCAGCAGCUGCCAACGCCCACGGAGACGCCGGAUAAGACGGUGAUCAAGACGGAGGUCCGGCACGCUGGCUCCCCUGUCAGACAGCAUGGCAAUAAAGUGAUCCCUAAGCAGGAGGUGAAGCCCACCAUAAAGAAGGAGGCAGUGGACCAGUGCCAAUACCCCUACCACGUCUACCCCUCCCACCCUGGCUACUACACACGGGGAGGCCCCCCUUCCAAUGGCCAGCCCCCUGCACUUCCACCUCCACCAGGUCCUGUCAAUGGCUACCACCCCAAUCUACCCUCAGCACUGCCUUACGGCUAUUACAACUAUCCCCCCAACCCUAACACACUUUUCCCCCGUGAGCUCACUUACGAGGGCCGUAACAGCUCCUGGCAUCACGCAGGGCACAAUGCUUCCCCCGGCCCUGUGGACAAGAAGCCAGACAUUCAGAGCCUCCAGGCCAAGCUGGCACACUCCUACUCAGGCCCAGGCCUCCCUGAGCAGCAGCAUGGAGACCCAGCCAACCAACACCAAUGCAACGCUUACCCACACCCCCACCAGCCUGACUACAACCAAUCACGUCCCUCCUCAGUCUCCUCAGAGCCCUCCCACAGAGGGACCCCUGUCAUCAAGCAGGAGCCCAUGGAUGUGCCAGUGUGUGAGGGGGGCAAUACCCAGAGCUGUCCCGACACUCCCAUCCCCACCCCACAGCCUGGAGGGCCCUGGUCCGGGCACAAGCCCAACAAGAGUAUGGUACCAGGCAGCUGGGAAGGCAACCCCCAACCACCAUGCCCCCCGGAGGCUCCCUUCACUUCAGACAAGCAGCAGGUCCACCAGCAGGGACCUCACCAGACUUCCCAAUCUCCAUACUCCCAACAGCAGCAUCAGUAUCCCCCACAACAGCCCUCCCCAUACCCCCAGCAAUGGAACUCUUACCCUGGCCCCAACACCCCCAAGGCCUCCCCUGUUCCCUCCCCGUCACCCUCUCCUUCCCCACACCCCGGCACCCCCCGCCACUGGGACAGCCCUGCUCCCAGCCCUCAGCCUAAGGCUUGGCCCAUGGACAUGGUUCCUGCUGGGUACUGCCCUAGCCCUGCCAGAGGCUUCCCCGACAAGAUAUGCUCCAAAGCGGGAGAGAGUCGGGGCUCGACCCCUCUAGGUCUCCAGGAGAAGGCCUGGAAGUCUUUUGGAGGAUCCAUGGCAGGUACACAGUCUCCAACCCCAGAGGCCUGCUGGGACCCUAACCGGGCUGAGACCCCGAGCGACGUCGAGAGCCAGAGAGGUCGCGACCUGGACGAGGAAGAGCAGUGGUCGGACAGCGAGCAUAACUUCCUGGACCCCAGCAUCGGAGGGGUGGCGGUGGCACCCGCCCACGGUUCCAUCCUGAUCGAGUGUGCCCGGCGUGAGCUGCACGCCACCACGCCACUCAAGAGGCCCGACCGCUCUCACCCCACCCGCAUCUCCCUGGUGUUCUACCAGCACAAGAACAUGAACCAGCCCUGCCAUGGCCAGUGGCUCUGGGAGGCCAAGAUGAAGAUGCUGGCGGAGCGGGCUAGAGAGAGGCAGCAGGAGGCAGCACUACUGGGGCUGCCCUACGAGGACAUCAAACCUGGGAAGAAACGCAAGUUGGGGGCCACGACAGGAGGGGCCAGCCCAGGUCCUGGCCAGACCACGGAGGGGCCAGUGAUGGGGAUGGCGACACGGUUGGCCUCCACCCACCACACCACCUCCACGGUCACUGUGUCCCCCUAUGCCUUUACCACCCUCACUGGGCCCUACAGCCACUUUGUGUGAUGAUGAACAGACAGACGGACACACAGGCUGGUGGAGGGAGAGCGGGCUGAGCAGACAACCCCUCCUUUAGUCCUGUGUAUCUCCAUCCUCCUCCUGCUCUGUUUUCUCACUCUGGUGCUCUGGGCUGGAAGGAGGGGGACUACUGGUUUGAAUCCUCGUUUUGUUUUGUUUGUUUUUUACCUCAUGUCAGGCAGCAGUAUGGGCCCGACCCUGGACCAGACAGACACACUGCCUGUGGUGCUCUUUCUCUCUCCUCUGUGGGAGGGACUCCAUUGCUUCUCCUUCUUCAUAGAAUUUUAAUGAUCCUCCUAAUUAUUACUAUUAUUAUCAAUAUUAUUACGAUUGUUAUUGUUACUGUCAAUGUUGUUAUUACAGGUAUUAUUAUUAUUAUUAUGAAGAUGCUGAUUUGAUUUGUUUGUUUAUUGAUGUGGUUGUUUUUUCAUGUUGUUAUUAAUUAUUAUUUUGUUUAUGUUGUGUUUUUUUUACCGAGGGGUCUGUCUUGCUUUUUCCCCAUAUUUCUGUAAAUCUGCCCUUUUCUUUUUUCCCCUUUGGCUUUUGAAAUGUUUGUAACUGUACUUGGAGAAAGGCCGUUCUCAGCACUGCAAGGCUCUUCAAGACUGUCUUUCCAACAAGCAUGACAUACACGUUCUACAUUUGAAUCAUUAGUCUUGACCAAAAGAGGGAAGAGAAACCCACAGAAACUUCUCCGAACCAUCCCACAUAGCCUUUUUCAAACCAACUCCUGUCCCGUCUGCCUUGCUGUGAAGAGAAGGGUUCUUCUCUCUCCAUUUUUACUCUCACCCCACCGAUCCGCCUCACUCUACUGCUGUGGUGCUUCAUUGAUCUUUAUCCCUUUUACAGAGAUCAUAUCAGUCUCUCCAUUCAUCUCUUCUUCAUGGCACUAGAUGCUGAUAAUAAGGCUGCUCUUAUAGCAUAGAUGUAGAGUGAGAACAACAGGCACUAGAUGCUGAUAAUAAGGCUGCUCUUAUAGCAUAGAUGUGGAGUGAGAACAACAGGCACUAGAUGCUGAAUAUAAGGGUGCUCUUAUAGCAUAGAUGUAGAGUGAGAACAACAGGCACUAGAUGCUGAAUAUAAGGGUGCUCUUAUAGCAUAGAUGUAGAGUGAGAACAACAGGCACUAGAUGCUGAUAAUAAGGCUGCUCUUAUAGCAUAGAUGUAGAGAGAACAACAGGCACUAGAUGCUGAAUAUAAGGCUGCUCUUAUAGCAUAGAUGUAGAGUGAGAACAACAGGCACUAGAUGCUGAUAAUAAGGCUGCUCUUAUAGCAUAGAUGUAGAGAGAACAACAGGCACUAGAUGCUGAAUAUAAGGCUGCUCUUAUAGCAUAUAUAUAGAGUGAGAACAACAGGCACUAGAUGCUGAAUAUAAGGCUGCUCUUAUAGCAUAUAUAUAGAGUGAGAACAACAGGCACUAGAUGCUGAUAAUAAGGCUGCUCUUUAUAGCAUCGAUUGUAGAGUGAGAACAACAGGCACUAGAUGCUGAUAAUAAGGCUGCUCUUAUAGCAUAGAUGUAGAGUGAGAACAACAGGCACUAGAUGCUGAUAAUAAGGCUGCUCUUAUAGCAUAUAUAUAGAGUGAGAACAACAGGCACUAGAUGCUGAUAAUAAGGCUGCUCUUAUAGCAUAGAUGUAGAGUGAGAACAACAGGCACUAGAUGCUGAUAAUAAGGCUGCUCUUAUAGCAUAGAUGUAGAGUGAGAACAACAGGCACUAGAUGCUGAUAAUAAGGCUGCUCUUAUAGCAUAGAUGUAGAGUGAGAACAACCAGCACUAGAUGCUGAAUAUAAGGGUGCUCUUAUAGCAUAGAUGUAGAGUGAGAACAACAGGCACUAGAUUCCUUCAGGUGUUGGUUGAGAGAUCUAUCCCUCCAGUUCUAUGACUCCUGUGGGGAUUAGUGAGAGCUUUCUAUUUGAAGCACAAGAGGGCAGCAGUGACCCCUGUAAAAUGGUGCGCUGAUACACACAGACACCAACUCUCACUUACACACACACACACACACACACACAAAGCUCCUGUCAUCCAGCCAGCACAGCUCCUGUCAUACAGCCUUACUGCUUUAAACGAUCGAAGCAUGGCCGCCAAAGUCUGGUCCUUCCAAUGACCACAGGCAGCACGGGCCACGCAAGCCCUUUAUCCUGAAACCGGAGACAUUGAUGGGAAUAGUGUGUGGACAGAAAUGCACUCCUAAACACACUGGUGCUUUCCCUACACAUGUUGACACACAAAGGGCUCAGUCAGUGAGUCCUGCUUUUGCCUGGUGCUGUUAUUCGUUUUGAAGCAGAGCAAGUCAGUGUCUCUCUAUGCACACACUGUCACGACAGAGCCAGUAAAUCCUUAUUCACCAAUCAUGGCUGCCUCUGCAUUGCUUGCGUGUCAGAGCCAGAGCCUGCUUGGGGCUCACUUUUGAGAUGAGAAAUCUUGGUGCUUAUGAAGUUUUCGAGAUAGAGCUCUCUGUACCUCAACGUUGCCGAGAGACUGGUCACGGUUGCAAAACGCUACAAACACACACACAGGCACCAGGUCAGAGGAACAUGAUGAAUAUUAGUCCAGAUUCCCCAUGUGCUCUACAAACUCAUUUUAAUCCACUUUUUUAUUAUUUAUUACAUGAUGAUGAUGAUUGUUGUUAUUGUUUUUUUGUUUUGUUAUAGCUAAUAGAAAUUGUACAUACAGAAGAAAAUAUUUUAUAAAAGCACUUUUAAUCUUGAUUUCAUUGAGAGAAAAAGAGAACAGAUUAUUGACAACUUGAAGCUUACUUUUUUAAACUUUUUUUUUUAUUUUUUUCAAGAGAGAAAAAAAAAAUGUACAUAUUUAAAAUAUUUAGGUAAGAUUAUUUAACUGUUGAGGGAUAAUGACUAAAUCAUAAAUGAUUCCAGGCUUUUUAGUCCAGUCAGUUUGCCAGACAGCCUUUAGUAACAGAAAACAACUCAGUGAUUUCCAAUGUGUUGUUAUGUCUGUAGAUGUAUACUCAAUACUGCUGUCCUGAUUUCAUAAGUACUGUACUACACGAUACCUCUGACAGCAACCAACCAGCCACCCUUCUUUCAUGAGAAAAGAUUGACGUAAUCAGUAAUCUGGCCAUUUAUAAGCCAGAGUAUGAUAUCUAGCCAUUCCACACUGAGAACCAAUGAGAAACAAAGUAUUUCUUGUUUUUUAACACAAGAAUCAAACAGUUGCCGAAUCAAAGUUGUCAGAAGUGCUUGUAUGAGAGAACUCUAGUGACAGAGGUGAGGUGUAGCCCCAGCAAUCUGUCUUGUCCAUUGUGUUAGACUGAGGUGAGAGGUUGUCACCACCGUAACUUGUUUUUAAUGUGGUAUUAUCAAUGAUAGUGAUUUUAACAGUAGUAAAAGAUGUAACAGUAAUGGAGAACCAUGACAACUUAACACUUGUAGUACCAGACUGAAGGUACAGUGUAUUAAUGGAAGACACCAGAUAAUAACUGGUAGUUUAGUUUGUAAUAUCUUUUGUUGGUUGUUGUAGAUUGUCACAGACAUGACCAACAGGACUUUGACUAAUUUAGGGACCUGGGGAAUAUGGCUAUUCUAUUCCCACCGUAAGAACAAACUCCCCCUUUAAUAACGUCAAUGCAUGAUCGACACAUAGUUAUAAUGAUUCAGUCAUAUUUAUGAUCUAUGUAAUAAUGGGUGCUGAUCAUAUAUACUGCAUAUUAAUAUUUCAUUUGUACAACAUUUUUUGGGAGGCUAAUGCUAUGGUGCUACUCCCGAACUUCACUGUGGAAUAAAAUGGGGGGGGAGAGACAUGAUUUAUAUCACUGAUAUUUUUCUGAGCUCUUAGAAUGAUAAGAUAAACUAUUUCUUUGAAUAUUGCAGUUUCAAUAAUGGAACUACUCCGGUGCUGAUUUAAUGGGAAUUUCCCAUUCAUGUUCAAGGUAAUAAAAAAAUAAGAAAACUUUUGAAUUGAACUACUCACACAGUUCAUACACAACUUUUGUUAAUCCUAUGUCCACAUAAGCUACUUGAAAAGGGACUCUAUUCUCGCUUUAACUGGUAUGGGGAUUGAAGAAUCAUAUUAUAUUGAAGUGAACAGACUGUUAUCUUAAUUCAAAACUUGGUGCAGUGUAUGUGCUGGAAACUAUUAUACAUGACUCUUUUGGGUAUGUUGUACAUUUUUAUGGUGAUGGGAGAAUGUUAAGAUAUUGGAACAACGAGCAAACUCCCCUAUGUUUCUCACAGGUUGGCAUUUAUUGAGAUUACUCAUGUACUGGAGGCAGCUCUGCAGGGUGUUCAUUAGCUUGCACAGCCACAAAGUCAUAAAAUCUGAUUUUAAACUUAUCCCUAACCUUAACCACACUGCUAACCCUAAUGCAUAAAUAACCCUUACCUAAAUUGAAGACCAAAAAGCAAAUGUUUGUUUUCAAACAUUACUACAAUAUAGCAAAUUUUGACUUUGCAGCUGGCCCAUCUAGCGGAAACAGCUCAAUUCUGCAUCCAGGGCAAGACUUAUUACAAUAAACCCCAACCUGCAUGUUUCUCCCUCAUAGACGUAUAUACUUACAUACUUAUACACUCGCUAACUCCUUACCUAUACACACUUCACAUAUUUUCCAUUUUUAUCUCAUACUUUGUCUUUCUCUCUCUCUCUCUCUCUCUCACACUCCCCCUCACACACACACAAAUAUUAUCAGGAUGUAUACUCUGCUCUCAGUACUGAUCUUCAUUGAUCACCCCAUCUGCCCACUCUUCCAAGCUGGAAUCAAGCUGGGUUUAGGGUGGACUCAAGCUGGACUCAAUCUGGGCUCAGGCUUAUAUCCUGUCCCAAAUAAACAAAACAUCACAUCUGGCAGCUACAUUCCUUUUUGAGUUUAAAGAUUGUUCAUGGUUCUAUUUUUUCAUGUCAAGUAUGCAGUAUGUAAAAAAAAAAAUGAAAAAAAAUAUUUGUUUCUUUGUUUUUGUUCAGUCUCUCUUUGUAGCUGUAUGGUGUACUAUGUGAAUACAUAAUGUAUGUGGUACAACCCACAAUAUUGUUUUAUGUUGCGAGAUAAUAAAAAAAAACUAAAAAUAA